UCUCUCAAAAUCCCAUCGACUUGCCACGUACUUAUUCCAAAUUCCCCCUUCACCAAAUUCAUCGUCAAAGAAUUCCGAAGACAAAUAAUCCUGAAAAAGAUAAAAAAUAAACAUCCAAAAAUGACCACCGCCGAGCAAAUCAUCAAAAAACUAAACCUCACCCCGCACGUCGAAAAAGGCUACUACAUCCAAACCUUCAUCGACCCCUCCAAGGACGCCGCCGGCAACGCCUACAGCACAGCUAUCUACUACCUCCUGCAAGCGCACGACGAAAAGUCCAACUGGCACCGCGUUCUCAACGCCGUGGAAAUCUGGCAUUACUACGCCGGCGCGCCGAUCCGGCUUUCGCUGUCAUGGGACGACGGGGCGCCCGUGCGGCAGAAGAUCCUGGGGAAUGAUGUCCUGAACGAUCAGGAGCCGCAGGUGCUGGUGGAGAGGGCGGAGUGGCAGAGUGCGGAGACGCUUGGGGAGUGGACUUUGGUUGGGUGUACGGUUUCGCCGGCUUUUGAUAUGGCGAAUUUUGAGAUGAGGGAGAAGGGGUGGCAACCUAGAGUGGACUAA